AUGGGGCAGUGGGUGAGCGUGGAGGAGGUGCGGGAGGCGGUGGAGGAGGACCUCGGCCUGAGCCUCUACUUUCCGGCUCACGGUGGUGCCCAUGGGCUCGUCCCUCCCGAAGUCUGCAGCAUGGGGGAUGCUUUCCUCAAGGGCAUGCGCGAGGGCAGGGCCGCCGAGGCCACUACACACCAGAACGCAGUACUGAUGCAAAAGGAUGUGCGAAUCGCUCUGUGCACAGAGGCAGCAGCGGCCGACGUCGGUCGUCCGGUGCUGGUCAAGGUGCUCCGCAAGCACACCACGCCAGUCACAACUGCCCAGGGGCCUGACGAAGCUGCCAUUGACGACACGAACGACCAGGUCGACGCGUUCGGAAUGAAUGACCUAGGUCAGUCGCUUGAGGCCUACCUGGACGAGCUCGCCGGGAACGUGCCGGAGCGGAGCCUCAUUUCCUUGCCUUUCGGCCCGGCGCCCCUCUCCGCCAACACGCACGUCUGGCCCGUGCAGUCCACCCGGGAAUGCCUCGAGCACGUCGUAUCCGCCUUGGUCGUCCUGGAGGAUUGCGAAGUCAACAAGCGGAAGUGCGCCAGUCCGCGCCUGAAUGCACUCGUGCAGCAGCAGCAGGUCCGGCCAGGUGCACUGCACCCCAACCUGCCGCGAAUCUUCAAGGUCGUUGAGACCGACAAGGCCUUCUAUAUGCUCAUGGAAUGGGGCGGGCACACGGUCGAAGGGCUGAUCCGAUUCAGCAGGCAGACGCUCGACGUAGGGGACACCAGAAAGUGGAUCGCUUACCAGGUCCUGCACACGCUUCACCACUGUCACGCGCGCGGUGUCACGCACGGGUCGCUUCGCCCCGAGUUCAUCACGCUCAGUCCCGAUCUGUGGGUCACCCUCGCCGGAUUCCACUGCGCAUCGCCCAGGGAAUCGCGACCACUCGCCGGCUCCAAUUCGGAGGGCACCGUGGUCAAGUCCCUCGUCGAGCGCUGGAUGGCACGCGAGCUCACCAAUCUCGACUACCUGCUGGCGCUCAACGAGCUGGCGGGGCGGAGGGUGGGCGACCCCAACUUCCACCCGGUCGUGCCGUGGGUCGUGGAGUUCAAUCAAGACCGAACGUGGCGUGACCUCAGGAGGUCCAAGUCUAGGUUGGCAAAAGGGGACGAGCAGCUGGACAGCACCUGGGGCGCUGGUGGGCUCGAUUCGGGGCAGCCGCGGCACCACGUCACCGACCUUCUCUCCGAACUCUCUUACUACCUCUACCUGGCCCGCAAGACACCGGUGCCGGUGCUGCGGCAAUUCGUGAGAGCGACUUACGUGCCCGAGGAGUACCCAUCCACAGUUCAGAAUCUGUAUGACCAGACGCCGGACGAAGCCAUCCCUGAGUUUUACACGGACCCGUCGGUGUUCAGGUCCACGAAUCCGGGAAUGCCCCAUCUCGCCGUGCCUGCGUGGGCGUCGAGCCCGGAGGACUUCAUCGCAAAGCACCGCCAGUGUCUCGAGGGUGAAGAGGUGUCAACGCAGCUCCACCACUGGAUUGAUCUCACCUUCGGCUACCUGCUGUCUGGUCCUGCCGCACACGCCGCAAAAAACGUGAGGCACGGCUACGUUCAACUCUUCUACCAUCCUCAUCCCCCGCGCAAUGCGUCUGCCCAAGGGAGUGGGACGGGCGGCGAGCCGGCGGACCUGAAGGACGGGCAGGCCGAGGACGUGUUUGCUGCGGGGUGCAUCAUCGCAGAGAUGUGCAUGGAACGCCCGGCCUUCACACAGCGGUCGAUGCAACAAUUCAUCAGCACCGGCCAACUCCCGGCCUUCCUCGGCGAGCUCCCCUCUGACGUACACGAUAUGGUGCUGCGUAUGUUGGAGAAGGAUCCGGCCAAGCGACACACAGCCGCGUCUGCGCUGACGUCGUCCGUCUUCCCGGCCUACUUCUCGCCGCUCUACUCGUUCCUGGCCCGAUUCAACUCCAUCCCCGCUUCCGGCGGUCCGACCGCGCGUCUGAGCUUUGCGCUGGAGCACUUGCCCGCGCUCGUCGUCCGACUCCCGCCGGAGGGCCAGCGGGUGGCCAUGCAGUCCGUGACACCGUUCCUCUCCGACCCGGCCGCCUGGAAUGUCGCGGUCAACCUUCUGCCCACCGUAGCUCCUCUGCUCCACCCCGACAUCGCGAGGCAAGCGCUGAUGAAGCCGCUCAAGCGAUUGUACCAGCAAGAGGACCUCAAGCUCUUGCACGAGCUGCUCCGAGCCGACGUCAUAACGGCGUCGUUGCGCGCCUUCGGCCAGCGCAAUUUUGUCACACACAUCCUCCCGCUCCUUCUCGACACCCUCCGCAUGAAGGCCGAAACCCUUCCGUCCCUCACCGCCAACACCCUCAUCCGCCUCGCUUCGCAACUGGGCCCUGGCCUGGCGCUUCGGUUCAUUGUGUGGCCGCUCCUCGAGCAAUUGUCCAAGCCCGCGCCGUCACUGCAUCUCGUCCACGCGCUCGUGCACAUCGCCGCGGAGGUGGGCGAAGGCGUGACGCAGCGCCACUACCUGCCCGCCCUCCAGAACCUCCUGCAGCGAGCGCUCAAGCAAACCGCCGUCGGUGACUCUCGCCAGCUCCCGCCACUCUUCUCUCUCAUCCAAGGGUCAGUGAACACAAACCAAUCCUAUCCCACGCAGCUGGUCGACCAAGUGUUGAGCGCGGACACGGUCAUGCAAGAGUUCGUGGUCGGCGGCGGCUCGGUCCAUCUCGCUGCCAUCUUGUCGCUGCCUCAGGCGCAGUCACAAGCCGGAGAAUGGGUGGCGAGCCCUCCGCCGUACCUCCGACCGCUCGUGGCUGCCUUGUGCUCCGUCGCCACUCGCAUUGGUGCGGGUGACACGGAGCGGCACGUGAUGCGGUACGUGCAGCAAUUUUUGAGCGCGUGCCACGACGGUUACCUUCGCAACAAGGCCGAGCGCGAGGCUGCCGGCGAGACCGCGGCCGCGAUGUGGGGCGGCGAGAUCGCCGACAUUGUGCGCAGCCUGUGCAACUGCCUGGUGCUCAUCGUCGGCACCGACGCUCUUCAUCGACACUGCCCCCAUGCGGCGGUGUUGGCCGAACUGAGCGCGCCAACGCCACGUACGCCGUCACCCCGCGCAUCAGGACGCUACACCAUGUCGGCGUCGGCAUCGGCGUCCAGCGUGCAGACUCGGGCCGGCAGCCCCAUCAAACCCAGCGAGGACCCGCUUGGGCUCGGUGCGCUCGGAGAAAGCGAGACCGCGUCUACCAACUGGCUGGAACGCCAACCCAGCAACUAUCGUCGAUGGGCGCUGGCUGGUUCCGUGCUGCACACGUGGAAGGGCCACAGCAGCGGCGUUCUGUGCGCCGACAUCCACCCGUCGGAGCUCACCUUUGCCACGGGAGGCAAGGACUGCCUGGUCAAGUGCUGGACCACCGACACCGCCAAGUGCAAGACCAUCUACCGCGGCCAUCGGAACGCGGUGAGGGACUGCUUCUUUGUGGGCGGGAGCGGCGAGGUGAUGGCGUCCAACGACGGCGCGCUGCAUGUGUGGGACCCGGAUCCCGGGCAGCGUCUCCUCAACUUCGAGUCCGAGGCCAGCCCCUUCACCGCCUUCCGACCCCUGCCCAACCCGUUCACCCUCGCCGCCGCCACCCAAGAGUCCGUCUGGAUGAUCGACGUCCGUGCUGGGGCGCAGGUGGCCGACUGGGGUCUGCCCUGUCUGCAGCCGCCACCGAGCGCUUUCGCCGCCAAACCCCUGCGCUCCGUCCGAGCGACGGUGGUCACGGUUGGUGGCGGAGAUGGUGACGAGGGAAAGCCGUGGGUGGCGGUGGGCGACAGCGGCGGCGGCAUGUGUGUGCUCGACGCGCGCAUGGGCCUGGUCCUGUAUCGAUGGAAAGUCAACAGCGAAUCCGGCGUGUCCCACGCCGAAACGGUCCCCGGCAUGCCCCACAUGCUGCUGACCGCCGCCGAGCGCACUCUGACGGUUUGGGAUCUGUCGGGCAACGCGCCCGUGGCGUUGCGUUCGUUCCAGCCGCACGGUGCGGAGGCCAUCACCGCGCUGGCACCCCAUCCGCCUUACUUUGGCCUGUCAACGGCGGGCCACCGAGUAGCCGCCACGCCUCUGCCGCCCUAUGACAGCACCGCCGACGAAGCCCAGGUAUCCAACCUGGCCCUCCUCCCCCUACACCAGGUCGCCCUCGUCGGCUACGACGAUGGCACCCUCAAGAUAUGCCACUAG